AUGGCCGAAUCACUCAACCCCCCGCUGUCUUAUGAGGCGUCUGCCACCACCACUCAUCCCCAUGUCGCUACCUCAUUGCCAUCCGAGGUCGUCUCGUGCCUUAAGAACUCCCGCUUCCUGCACCUGGCAACAUGCGAUGAUAAAACACCCCACAUCUCACUGAUGUCCUACACCUAUCUCCCCUCGACCCCAUACGACCCCCACCCCACCAUCAUCAUGACCACAAACCCCGCAUCGCGGAAAACAAACCACUUGCUGUCCAAUCCGCGAGUCUCAUUGCUGGUCCACGACUGGGUGUCGCAUCGCCCCCCUACCCGGGCCCCGACGCAAGGUGACCGUGACGGCUCUCCACCACCCGCCGCUACCCGCUCCUCCCUUGCCAGCCUGCUGCUUAACCUGAACACUAGCGCGCUGUCCAGCAUCUCGACUACCAUUACGGGCGAGGCGCGGUUCUUGGAGCCCGGCUCGGAGGAGGAAGCGUGGUGUAAGGCUCGUCAUUUGGAGAAUAAUACUUUCGAGGAGGAGGAGAUCAAUCUCUUCGGCCAGCAGCAGCAGCAACAGGAUCCUAGCGCGAGACGGCCUAGCGUUUCCAUUGACACUGAUGUGCGACUCGUUACUGUAAGAGUUACCGAGGGUCGCAUCGCGGAUUGGAAGGGUGGCGUGCGCGACUGGGCUCUGCUUCCUGCUGAGCAAAACUCUGAGCUGGUCAAUGGCGUGGCAUCUUCAUAG